AUGGUGGCCCCCUGUCCCACCAGCCUGGCUAGCCCUGCCACCCGGGUGGGGAGGCGGGACAAUGACCCAAACCUCCGCGCCCCGGUGAAGAAGAGUAGGCGCCCGCGCCUCCGAAGAAAGCAGCCGUUGCAGCCCCUGAACUCGUGCUGGCUCCCGGGAGACUCUGGCGUUUGUGAUCUAUUCGAGACCCCCAGCUCCGGCUCGGACAUUGCAGAAAGCCCCACGGCGUCCGCCGCGCGGGGCGGCAGCCCCCAGCCCAGCCCUGCCUUAGCGCAGCUAGAUCUACAGAACUUCCGCGACUAUGGCCAGAGUUGCUACGCCUUCCGCAAGGCUCAGGAGAGCCACUUCCACCCGCGGGAGUCGCUGGCGCGGCAGCCACAAGUAACGGCGGAAUCCCGCUGUAAACUGCUCAGCUGGCUGAUUCCGGUGCACCGCCAAUUCCGCCUCUCCUUCGAGUCGCUGUGCCUGACCGUGAACACUCUGGACCGCUUCCUCGCCACCACGCCGGUGGCUGCAGACUGCUUCCAGCUACUUGGGGUCACCUCCCUGCUCAUUGCUUGCAAACAGGUGGAAGCCCACCCGCCGCGCGUGAAGCAGCUCCUGGCCCUGUGCUGCGGCGCCUUUUCCCGGCAGCAGCUCUGCAACCUCGAGUGCAUCGUGCUGCACAAGCUGCACUUCAGCCUGGGCGCGCCCACCAUCAGCUUCUUUCUAGAGCAUUUCACGCACGCUCGCGUCGAGGCGGGGCAGGUUGAGGUCUCUGAAGCCCUGGAAGCCCAAGCCUUGGCGCAAGGGGUGGCGGAGCUAAGUCUAGCCGACUACGCUUUCGCCAGCUACGCCCCUUCCCUACUGGCCAUCUGCUGCCUGGCGCUGGCUGAUCGCAUGCUGCGGCUCCCGCGCCCGGUGGACCUGAGCCUGGGAGAGCACCCGGAGACGGCACUACAGGACUGCCUGGGCAAGCUGCAGCUGUUGGUGGCCAUAAACAGUACUUCACUGACUCACAUUCUGCCCCUCCGGAUCUGUGAGAAGUGCAGCCUGGCCCCCAGCUUGAAAUAAAACAGACCCUUGGUCUCCCCUCCUCUAAGUCCCAGGCCGGGCUGCUGGCCCUCACCCAUUGCUUUAGAAGAGUGUAGUAGCAGGGUUCCUGCUUUGUCAGUUGCAGG